GAAUUACCAGGCGAACUUCAGAAAAUACUGGUGCCCAGGUCCCAACCCUAGAGACUGUGCGUGAGCGGGACUUUGGAGGUUUUAAGGGUCCCAGGUGAUUGCAAUCUGCAGGCGAGUUUGAGAAGCUUUGCUUUACCAGGUGGUGCGAGGGCCGGGCGCAGUGAGCGCCGCGCGCCACUGGGUGGCGCUGCCCACUCGGCCCGGCGCUCGGGGAGGCGCGCGAGGCCGUGGCCGGGUGCGCACCUGCCCCGCCUCCUCCAGGCGGGCCACGGGGCAUGCAGCCGGUCGGGGGCGGGGCUCCGAGGCCGGGAUGCGGCCCCGGGCUCCCCGGCAGCCUCCGCCAGCUGGACCCCGUCGCGCUCCUGAUGCUGCUCGUGGACGCCGGCCGGCCGGAGCCCGUGCGCAGCGGGGCGCGCGAGCUCGCGCUCUUCCUGACCCCCGAGCCCGGGGCCGAGGCGAAGGAGGUGGAGGAGACCAUUGAGGGGAUGCUCCUCAGGCUGGAAGAGUUCUGCAGCCUGACUGACAUGAAAUUAGCAGAGAGAAAAGAUUUGCGUUUGAUCCACUGUGUUCCGACCCUGCUGAGCGACACUUCACAGAUCUUGGAGGAAAGCAUCCCGCUCCUUCAGGCCAAAGUGACAGAAAUGCGUGGCAUCUAUGCCAAAGUGGACCAGCUAGAGGCCUUCGUCAAGAUGGUUGGGCACCACGUCUCCUUCCUGGAGGCCCACGUGCUUCAGGCCGAGCGGGACCACGGGGCCUUCCCGCAGGCUCUGCGGAGGUGGCUGGGCUCCGCGGGGCUUCCCUCCUUCAGGAAUAGCUAAUUGGUGCUAUUUUCAACAUUCUUUUGUGGAGCCAACCACCUUUGAGGCCGGCCAACAAAACCUCCAAGGAUUCUAUUGAUAACCAGCAUCAGAGCGAGAACUGUACGGCUCGCACAUGACAGUAGCCGGCUGGGGACCUUGGCCAACUGUUGAUAGAGGCCACAGACACUCGUCUGGAGGUGGACCACCGCUGCCUGGACUCUGGGCAUAAGCGUGCCUCCUGUCGGGCCGCGGAGAAUCUGACAAGGCGGUUGCUGAACUGAGCAGACCCCUGGGAGGGGGUGGCUGGUUUGAUGCUCUGGGCUGGGAAAGAAACUCCCUUUCCUUGCUCUGUGCCGAGAGUGGGUCAGUCCUGGCUCCACCCACAUCCAUCCACCGAUGGCCUCCCUCUAAUUCACCACUGCUCCGGUGACUACCCUUUGCCCUGUGAUGUUUCCUCGGCCAAGGGUGCUGGCCCCACGCUCCCCAUGGAGCCACCUGUGAGCGACCCUUCUGAGGCGUGAACACCUACCCUGGGAGCCCAGAGACCCGAGGACAGGCUGCAGAAUUCGCAGGUCCCCUUUGUUAGAGCUUAUUAAGAAUUCCCAGGUAGUGACAGCAGAGCACUGAGGGAGAGCAGAGCCCGGGUGACUGCCCGGGGAGGGGGGCACACCCAUGCGGCCGGCCCUGUCUGUCACCUGCAAGUGUCACACCCUGACUGAGGUCCUGAGCCUGCUGAGUCUCAGUCCCCAUAUCUGUGUAGUGGGAUUUACAGUCAGAACCUCUGCACGGGGUCGUCGUGAGCCGUGAUUUUAAGUAACGUAAGGUUUAGCGGCUGUUAUUGUCACGACGUGGGUGUUACUAUUCAAUAGCUCUUAUAUGUGUCGUUGGCCCAGGGCUUUGCAGAUGCUGCUGUGGGCGCACUUUAUUUAUUUAUUUUUCAAUGACGUUUCUCUUUUGGAUGAUUAUAGAUUUGCAGAAAGCUCAUAAAGGCAAUACAGAGUUCUGGUCGGCCCCUUAAUCACUUUCCUUCACUGUCAUCUUCCACCACGAAGGCACCGUCCUCAACACCAACACACCGUCCUAUUCACUCAACUUCUGGCCUGGCUUGGAUUUCACCAGAAUUUUCGUAGACAACCGUUUUCCGCCCCAGGCUCCCCUCCAGGCCAGCACAUUGCUUUGAGUCUGUUUUAUUUUUAAGGAUCUGGUGUCUCCAGUAGUGGGGCACGGACCUGGCAGGGCAGGGAUGCCAGCCUCGAGACACCUGGGGACUCCAGAACGGGGCCCCUUCAGGUGUCCCCAUCUGGAGAUGAUGCUUGUCACCACUGUCCUCGGGCUUCUGAGCCCUGACUUGGCAAGAGGCCGGCCCUUCCUGCUCUGCCUCAGGUGUUGAGCACAUUCAAGUUCAUUCACUUCUCGCCUGAGUCUCGCCUCCCUGGGGCUGUGGCCCUGAAGACUGACACAGGUCUCAUCCCCGUGGAGCUCAGCCUGGUGGGGAGACUGAGGAAAGAGGUAGACAGGAUAUGCUCCUUCGUGGUGCAGUGGGGGAGGAAGGGUGACCGGUGAAAUGGGGGGGUCCCCUUAGGAGGGUCGGAAGGAAGACACCAGCAUGAGAAGACCCUAGGGGCAAAGCCUUGAGGGGGACGAGCAGGUGCAAGGGUCUGAGUCAAGACGGACCCUGGGGAAGUCCAGGAACAGAUUUCCAGGCUGGAGGGUUAUGAGUGCUGGGAGGUGACAGACUGAGUUUAGAGUCAGGCUGGACCAUAGGGUUCUGGGGUCACAAACCCCUGCUCUAUGGGCCAGGCAGGUGGCUGAGGUGAGAGCACGGGUCCCCUCCGAAAGGGGCUGGCAGAGCUCAGCACCAGCUUGUCAUCACCACUCUGUGCACCAGAGCUCCGGAUUUUUUAAACAAGAAGCUGGAGAUCUAUCUUUUCAAGCGAAGUGGCAUUUCAUUCAAAAACAGGAGGAUGCAAACGACCGAACAGAAGCAACAAUACUAGUAAAGACACUCAGCCCAGUGGAGGCCACGCGGGACACAGCUGCGGUCUGGGUCUGGCCGGACGAGUACCCGUCAGUGACCUCAGUGGCAGGGCCUGUAGGCGACGGUGAAGGGUCGCAUUAUCUUCUAAGUGUUGUAUUGGCCAGAGGAUCAGAUUUGUUUCUUAGGACAAUCCCUUGGGCUGCCAUGUGGAGAACGGGUUAAGGGCAAGAGCCUCAGCUGGGGGCGAUGGGACGACAGCGGUGACGGGGAGAGGGAUCUGGGAAGAGUUAGCAGAAGGGAUUGAGGACGGGGGGGCUGCGGGCGUCCAGUUUGGGCGGUGGGUGGGCCUCACUUUGAGUCACAUAACUAUUGAAAGCCUCAGUUUGCCCAUCCGUAGAAGGGCUUUGUGAUACCUGUGCAGAUUUGGGUUUCUGGAACAUAGCGGGUGCUCAAUUAAAAAUACACACGUAGGGGCGCCUGGGUGGCUCAGUCAGUUAAGCAUCUGCCUUCGGCUCGGGUCGUGAUCCCAGGGUCCCGGGAUCGAGCCCCGCAUCGGGCUCCCUGCUCGGCGGGA